AUCAAGUUGUACGACUCCGGAUCCACCCGCCACAUAUCGCCCUACCAUGACCAGUUUGAAACUCUCUUCGACAUUUCACCCAAACAUUUUGCCGCUGCAAAUAAGCAACACUUCAGCGCAACUGGUAUCGGAGAAUUAGUCAUCAAGGUACCG